UCCACAACCCUCAAAAUACCGUUACCCCUACUCCUUCAAAAAAAAAAAAAAAUACCGUUACCCCUACAAAGCAGUUCUUUUUAUAAUCUUCUCCAAAUUCUCUUUCGUUGUCACAAAACAAUUCACAAUUCCCAAAUAAACAAAUUUAAUAAUCAACAAAAAAAUGUUCCGCAUAAGCAACACAUUGGUUGGAACCCUAAACAUUCUAACCUUACUGCUUUCACUCGCUGGCAUGGCUGGUUCUGCAUACAUCCACUUCCAUAAAACAGACUGCCUUAAAGUGUUGAUGUAUCCUCUCCUCUUCGGGGCCUUCUUUGUUUUCGUCGUAUCUGUUCUCGGAAUAAUGGGCUCGAUGUUCCGUAUCAACGAGGCUCUUUAUGCUUAUCUUCUUGCAACGUUCUUUGUUAUAUUAGCGUUCAUGUUGUUCACUGUUUUUGCAUUGUUUGUGACUAAUAAGGUUGUUGGUCAAAAGGUUUCUGAUAAAGGUUUUGGAGAGUAUAAGGUUGCGGAUUUCUCGCUAUGGUUGCAACAGUAUGUUAUUAAUGAUAAAAAUUGGAAUGAUAUUAAGAGUUGUUUGUUGGGUGUAGGUUUGUGUCAACGGAAUCUCUCCGCCGCGGGGGUUGGAUGUUGUAAGCCACCAGUGCAAUGUGGAUUCACAAUGAAAAAUGCAACAUUCUGGGAAGUACCAAAAACAGGUCCAGCAAUGAAUGAUACAGAUUGCUUCACAUGGAAAAACAAGGAGAACAAACUGUGUUAUGAUUGCAAUUCAUGUAAAGGAGAAGUGUUGGCUAACAUAAGGAACCAAUGGAGAUAUCUCACAAUAUUCAAUGUUUGUGUGCUUAUACUCCUCACUAGCAUAUAUGUCUUAGGUUGCUAUGCCAUCAGAAAUAAUCGAAGAAACCAACAUUUGGUGUACCAUCCAUAUGGAAUUAACCGUUGA